GGCGGCGCUGUCCGGCGUCACCUUGACUGCGCCGCGAGCCCGAGAGCCCCUCAGAGAAGCGGAGGCGCGGCGAGGAAGCGCACGGUUCAGACUCGGGAAGCAAGAAUUGAGGCAAGCACCAGCAGAAAGAAGGGCCAUUUUAAUACAGCAUAAAAUAUUGUAUGCAGAAGUCUGUAAAUAUGCUAUGAAUCUGGCUGCAUGAGAAUCUUCCUGCUUUUACUGUGCCAGGAAACAUGAAUACCAGCUCUCACCAGCCAUGUCGAAGCAACAUGAUGCUUUCAUCCAGACCCAGCAGUUGCAUGCUGCCAUGGCAGACACGUUCCUGGAACACAUGUGCCGUCUGGACAUUGACUCUCCCCCAAUCAAUGCCAGAAACACUGGCAUCAUUUGCACCAUUGGGCCGGCUUCUCGGUCAGUGGAAAUGUUGAAAGAAAUGAUUAAAUCCGGAAUGAAUGUUGCCCGUCUCAACUUCUCUCAUGGAACUCAUGAGUAUCAUGCUGGAACCAUCAAGAAUGUACGUGAAGCUACAGAGAGCUUUGCUUCUGAUCCUAUUACAUACAGACCUGUUGCUGUUGCACUGGAUACUAAGGGACCUGAGAUUCGAACUGGACUCAUCAAGGGCAGUGGUACAGCAGAAGUGGAGCUGAAGAAAGGAGCAGCGCUGAAGGUGACCCUGGACAAUGCCUUUAUGGAGAAAUGCGAUGAGAACGUCCUGUGGGUGGACUACAAAAACCUCAUAAAAGUUGUGGAUGUGGGCAGCAAAAUCUACGUGGACGAUGGCCUCAUUUCCCUACUUGUUAAAGAGAAAGGGGAUGACUUUGUCAUGACUGAAGUUGAAAACGGAGGCAUGUUGGGCAGCAAGAAGGGAGUCAACCUGCCAGGGGCUGCGGUGGACCUUCCUGCUGUUUCCGAAAAGGACAUCCAGGACCUGAAAUUUGGUGUGGAGCAGGAUGUGGACAUGGUGUUUGCGUCCUUCAUCCGCAAAGCUGCUGAUGUUCAUGCUGUCCGGAAGGUGCUGGGGGAAAAGGGGAAGAACAUCAAGAUCAUUAGCAAGAUUGAAAACCACGAGGGAGUCCGCAGGUUUGAUGAAAUUAUGGAAGCCAGUGAUGGCAUUAUGGUAGCUCGAGGUGACCUGGGUAUUGAGAUUCCUGCUGAAAAAGUCUUCCUUGCCCAGAAAAUGAUGAUUGGUCGAUGCAACAGGGCUGGCAAGCCAAUCAUCUGCGCUACUCAGAUGUUGGAGAGCAUGAUUAAGAAGCCACGCCCAACUCGGGCAGAGGGGAGCGAUGUAGCUAAUGCCGUCCUGGAUGGAGCUGACUGCAUUAUGCUUUCUGGAGAGACUGCAAAAGGCGACUACCCUCUGGAGGCCGUUCAGAUGCAGCAUCUGAUUGCUCGCGAAGCAGAGGCAGCCAUCUUUCACAGGCAAUUGUUUGAAGAGCUCCGGCGUCUGGCUCCCCUGAACCGGGACCCGACUGAAGCGGCCGCUGUUGGCGCCGUAGAAGCUUCCUUCAAGUGCUGCAGUGGGGCCAUUAUCGUGCUCACCAAGUCUGGAAGGUCUGCUCACUUGGUGUCACGCUACCGCCCCCGUGCUCCCAUCAUAGCUGUGACCCGUAACGCUCAGGCAGCCCGCCAGGCCCACCUUUAUCGUGGGAUCUUCCCUGUGCUUUGCAAAGAGCCCACCCAUGAUUCCUGGGCAGAAGAUGUUGACCUCCGCGUUAACAUGGGCAUGAAUGUCGGUAAAGCUCGUGGGUUCUUCAAGAGUGGCGAUCUGGUUAUAGUGCUGACUGGGUGGCGCCCUGGAUCUGGCUUCACCAACACCAUGCGUGUGGUGCCAGUUCCAUAGAAACAGGCCCAGCAACCUCAUCCCUCUCCUCCUGUCUCGCCGCCUUCCCUUCACAGUAGACCAGCCGCUGCUUGCAAUAUUGUCCGUGUCUGUAUAGUGGAUGGAGGCUGUCUGAAACCACCAAAUGCAGUGAUUGGGGGAAGAGAGACAGUCUAGAAAUACUUGAAAUAGUUCUUUGAUAUGCAGGACCCUCCCCUAUUUCUCUCCUCACCCCCCACCCCCA